AUGAGCAUCACAGGCGCGGAGCGGCCCUUCUUCGCGCUGGGCCUCGCACCCGCAACACCAAGGCCCCCUGAAGGCGCUCUUCGACAGCUAGUUGGUGAUGGAGAUCGGAGAUACGACUAUACGAGACGGGCUCAGCGAAGGCGGACAAUCCGAUUUCCAAGCGUGCAAAUUAUAAAUCCUCCAGGAGGUCAGUCAAUUUCAUUCCAAGAUAUGCUCGGGCUGCUUGUUCGUCCAGAUGUUGGAGUAAUUGUCAUCCAAGGUAUUGGUGGCUCUGGAAAGACAUGGGCUGCAAAGGCUGCAUACCGGGCAGCAAGGACUUCGAAUCUCUUUCAAGAGUAUGUCUGGGUUCCAUUGUCAAUGAAUUCUAGCAUGGGACACUGUAUCAACAAGAUUGCAGCGUCUCUUUCAUGUAACAAAGGAGAGUCAUACGACCUGCUGCGUGAGAAGAUCGGAAAAGAUAUCUGUUUUGCACAUGACUUAAUCAGCUACUGUUUUGGCAUGCCACUCACAAUCGUCUUAUUGGCUGGGGUUCUGUGUGAUGCACCUACACAAGAGGCAUUUAGUGAGUUGGUCACAAAAGCGCAUGUCGCUCUAGGAGCCCAGAUAUCAGUAUUCAACACCUUGGAGCGCAUGGUGAAAUUUGGAUACCAUCAGCUUCCUAGCGAUAACGUGCGACACUGCUUGCUGUACUGCCUACUCUUCCCAGAACAUCAAGGGAUUGCAGUCAAAGAGUUAAUCUGGUACUGGAUAAUGGAUGGUCUACUCCAGAAAAAUAUUGGUUUUGAUGAGGCUAACCAUAUUGGGAAGGAAAUUCUUGAUGUCCUCAUAAAGCAUGGUAUGGUAUAUUUGGACGAUAAUGGUCAUAUACGCAUGCAUGAUGUGGUCAGGGAGACUGUCUCAAGAUAUGGAAAGGAUAAUGGUUACAAAGAGCAGCAUGACUGGCAUGUUAACAAUCCUAUUAGUAUCAGAUUAGAGCAUCUUGCCAAGUAUAGCAGAAGAGUUUUGUUAAUGGAUACUGAAAUGGAAUGCCUUUAUGGAAGCCCGUGUUGCUCAUUUAUUUCAUCAUUACAUUUAAGAGGAAACUAUCUUUUAAAAGCUAUGUCGGAAGAAUUCUUUUGCCACAUGGGACAACUAGAGAUACUGGACCUAUCAUUUACACUAAUCCAAGUGCUGCCGCGUUCCAUCUCUUGUUUGACUAGGCUAAGAAUGUUAUUGCUGACUGGGUGUGAUUAUUUAAAGGAAAUUCGACACAUAACUCCAUUGGUGCGGCUGGAGGUACUGGAUGCUUCAGGUUGUGGUUCCCUGAAGAGUAUAGGCUCUGGGUCAUUUGAUCAUAUGGUUUUGCUCAAGGUCCUUGACCUUUCUGCAACUUCCAUCACUUUCUUGACCUCAAUUCCAGUAUCUAUGGAGCUUCGCCACCUAAAUCUACAGGGGUGCCCAUUUCUACGAAGUUUCAGAUUGUCAUCUCCUGUUCGAUGGAUAACCAAACCAUGGACACUGAUGUUGAAGCAAAGAAGACAGAUUCCAUCAUUCAGAAUUCAUACUUUCAGGACAAAGCGCUUUGCACAUUCCAUCGAGCCCAUUAGAUACCUGGAAAUAAAUGGUACUAUUGGUGUUCCAUCUGAUCUUGAUGGUAUUCUCGGUCAUGCUGAGCUGAUAUCAUUACAGAGAUUAGCAAUGGCCACCCAACUUUCUGAUCUGAAUAUUAGUAGUAUGGAAGCGGUAAGAGAACUCUGGGUGGAAAAUUGUGAACACCUAGAGAGUUUUCUGACAGCAGAGGUAGUCCAGGCAUUGUCUGAGGUGGGCAACUUGCACAGUUUAUGGAUCUCCAAAAUGGAAAAAUUGUCAUCCUUCUGCAAAGGAGUGGAAGAUGUGACCAGUUUCAGUUGUCUGAAGCACUUGCUCUUCGACUGCUGUCCAAAUCUCAUAUGCCUCCUUCCUUCGGUACUACACUUUCCAAACCUUGAAACAUUGAAUAUAAGGUUUUGUGACAUUUUGGAGAGGGCGUUUGACAGCUCGGCCUUGGGAGAGGACACUCUCCCUAGGUUGCAGUCGCUGCAGCUGUGGGAGCUUCCUGAGCUAACCUCUGUCUGUAGUGGAGUCUUGCCAUCUCUGAAGAACCUCAAGGUGAGAGGCUGUGCAAAACUGCGGAAAAUCCCAGUUGGCAUGAAUGAAAACAGCCCAUUUGUAACUACUAUCGGAGAACAGCUAUGGUGGGACAGUUUAAUAUGGGAUGACGAAACCAUUAAGCGUUGGUUGCUGUUCAGAAACUGGGGGCCCUUGCUACCUCAUAUUGCAACCGAAGGAUGA